AUGCUGAUGGACCCAGGCAGGGGAAACAGCAAUUAUACCGUGACAGAGGGCCGGCGAAUCGUGAAGCAUUCCCAACUGCCUCGCUUAAUUCCCUCAGAGAAUCCACGUCUCAAAGUUCUAUCAGAUCCCAACCGGGCUCCCAGGACGUCUGAAUUAAAUGUCAGGCUGGCCGGCGAGAAAAUGGUGGCCGAAGAUGGACAGAUAAAAUAUCGAGGAGUUAGUUCGGAGCGGAGCAGGAAGGUUAUGAAUGUCUUUGUUGCGCUGGAUAUAUUGGCCCUCAUUGUGAAGAAAAGGAUGCAUGCUAUCAAAAUCCAUGCCAAAACAAUGGCAUAUGUGUUGACAUUUCUCAAGGACAUGAGGGUUCGACAUUUCAAUGCCUCUGCCCAUAUGGUUUUACUGGUAAAGUUUGCGAGGACACAUCAGAUCCCUGCGAAUCAGGACCUUGCCAGCACGGAGGAACCUGCAGACCCAGUAACGAAACAGCCAAUCAGUUUAAGUGUAUCUGUCCCCCUGGCUUCACCGGACCUCACUGUCAGACACAACUCGAUGCCUGCUCAUCCGCCCCUUGUCGUCAUGAUGAACUUGUGUGAUCCAAAUCCUUGUUCCCACCACCAUUAUUGCGUCGACAAGGGGAAUACCUACAGCUGUGAUUGUCCCAAGGGUUUUACUGGUCCAGAAUGCUUGAUUCCAACAAGAGCAGAAUUUUCUGAGCAGCUUCAUCAACACUUUUCAGAGGAAGUCAUUUUUGAAGUAAUACCACCAAGCAGUGCUUCAGAUAUAAUUGAUCUCAACGGCAAUGAACAACCGAUCGACCUCCAGAUGCCAGUAUCUAUCCACUUGGAUCAUUUCCACAAUGUUUAUGUAGCCGCUGGAACUCUUGCUUGUGCCCUCCUCAUUGUUAUUGUAACCGUCAUAAUUUGCCACUGUAGGAUGCAUGAGACUUAUAAGCAUUGUUGUUUCAAAUCUUCACCACUGUUACCACUAAACAUCACACGCUUCGAUUCUGUACUGAAGAAAAACUUGCAUGGCCUCGACAAAGACAAGGAACCUUUGGCGCAGUCUCGUACCUUCCCAGGCAUCGACAGUUCAGACAUGUACUACGCACUUGAUUUUAGCGACAGCCAGAGCUCACCAUUAAUCCAGUAAUCAGGCAGUAUCCCAUCCGAUCAGCAUUUGUAUCUUACACCAGGCUAAGAUAAAUAAAUGUUUGGAAUAGAAAUUAUUGAUUUCAUAAAUGUUUGAUGUGUGUGAAAGUAUCAUAUUUUUUUUUUAUUAUUAUUUUCGAAUAUAAAGAGAAUAACUAUAUCAAUUUUCAUACUCUCUCAUUUAGAGGAUUGAAUGCAGACCUAUAGCUGUAACAUCUGUGCGAUUGAUCUUCCACUGCGUUCAUAGUUUUAAAAAAUUUAAUCUGCUUUUAGAUGAAUUAUUUGAAGUAGCGUUUACUAACAAAGUAUGGAAGAUAAAUCUGUGGAGUAAAAAUAAUUGAUAAAUCCUCUCAAUUGAUUAGUUCAUGAGGUUUUGUUUUAUAAGUCCUUGAUCUUCAGCACUUCAUUUAGGACUGGUUUGAAUCCCUUUUUGAUGUUAGAGUUGUAGUAAUAAGAGGAAAAAAAAAAUGUUUACGUUACUUCUUUAACUUUUGGUUAUUUAGGGUACUUAUCUAUUCUUUACCAAAUAUGUCUCAAUUUCCCUUAUAAAAUAAAUAAUCUAGUUGGUUUUACUGUUCUUUUAAAAUUAGAUAAGUGCCCUAAUUGCAACCUUAGAAUAACUAAGUGCAUAAAUGUAACCAAGAUUGUUUUGUCCAUUAAUUUAAAUACUUGUUACAAUUUUUAUAUUGCUCAAUACAGUUCAUGAAACUGUUUUAUUGUGCCAAAGAAACUUGGGCUUAUAUUUGGUUUGUCAUUAUUUAAUUUUAAUUAUUUUUAUGCUCAAAUUCUGGUCAUUGAUUUAAAAUUAAGACUGUUCAUAGAAAUGAUGCAAAGUUGUUUUCUAAAGCAACUUUGCAUUAUUCUAUGUCUGAUUUCAAGAGCAGAUAUGAAUAUAAAUAAAUAGUAAACAAAAAAAAAGAAAAAAAUCUCCAUAGUUGGAAAAAUUCUCCUUCAGAGUUUCAGAGAUAGCAACAGAAUUUAGUUCUUGAACUUAAGAAUUUAGUUUAACUUUAUUAAAGAAAAUACUCACAUUAUUAAACUUCUACUAUUUAAUGUUACUAACACCAUUAAUGAUUGUUAAAACUUUAGGGUAUAAUAAUGAUUAUAAUCAUAAUUUUUUUAAAGAUUAAAUCAUAAAAAUGAAAAAUUGAUUAAAAUAAUUGAACAUUUCCAUGAAAUUAUUAUACUUUAAAAAUUGAUUGUGGAAAUUAGUUUGGAAAAGACCUUUUGAUUUUUGUCAGGUAUAAAAUUUAAGGAGUCUCGAAAAAAAAAAAAAAAAAAAAAAAAUAGAUAUAUAUUAUUUUAAUAAACAUUUAGUAUGAAAUUUUUUUCUUCGAUGAAACCAAUGUUGAUUGUACACUUUAUAUAUUUAUAUAUUGUGUAAUAAUUUUUGACAAGCAAAGGGUUGAGAGAAUCACUAUUUCUUCACUAUCAAAAUCACUAUAAAAAAAAAAAAGAAUUCUCAUGAUAUUAGAAAUAGCUUUUAAUUUCAUAAUUUAAUUUCUUGAACUAAUUACUGGUAUAAUUUUUUAAGCUCAAGUUCAUGGAUUGCUAUAAACCUACCGUUUCGUCACCAGCAUGGGCUCGCUGGGAACGAAACGAGAUUCAUUUCAUUUUGUUGAUGUGAAUGAGAAUGAUUGAGGAAUACAUUUGUUUUUCUAACUUUUACUUAUUUUCUUACCAAUAGUAUGUACAGAAUAUUAAAAUCAAAUCUGUGUCAGCUUUAUAAGUUAUAAAAUUAUUCCACAAAAUAUUUUAAGAAAUAGAUGACUGACAUUCUUUCAGCACUUGUGAGUUAAAAAAUUAAAACACUAUGGUUAAACAAGGUUUAUUGGAUAAUCACACCAUUAGUUGUAAUACUGCUUUCUUCACUAAUUGUUACAUAAAUGGAUGUAAAUAACUUCCGCAAGUGAAAAUUUGUGAAUGGUUAUAACAAAACUUGCACAGAACCACAUGUGAGCAUAGAAGAAAAAAAAAAAAAAGAGAGAGACGGUUUCUAAUUUUAUUGUAAUUAAUACAUUUGGUUUUCUUCAAAAAGCAAUUUGUAAAGUUUAUCCCACACAUACAAAUUUUAAUAUUGUUUUAGUUGUAUAUUUAUGUUUUAAUUUAGUAAAUAUAUGUACUGUAGUGUCUUUAAUAAAAACAAACAAUAAAAAAAAAGUGUUAUGUAGCUCAGUUUUGUAUUCUAUGAAACAUAAAGGAAUAAAAAAAAAAUCUCACAAUUUUAGGGUUUCACAAUUAGAUCUUUUUCAUUUGUUUAUAUUUUUUCUAGGAUUUAUUAUAUUAUACUAGUUAGUUUUACAAGUCAAAGCUUCAAAAAGAACAAUCAAUGUUGAAUAAUAUAAAAAUAAGAUUUCUUGCAUAUUGUAACAAAUUUGUUUGUUACUGACCCUUACUGUGAAUGAAAUUCUGAAUAAAAGUGAAAUUGUACAGAUCUUGAUAUUAAUAUUU